AAAAAAAAAAAAAAAAAAGGCGGAAAAAAAAAAAGACCGUUGAGAAGUUCGCUCGCACGCGCGCGGGUUUCGUCGUUCACCGUUAGCUGCUAAUUGGCUAACCGUUACUAACACCGUUUGCUGUGGAGUUUGUUGAAUUAGUAUCGACGCUAACAAAUCGUCGGAGGAGAGUUGAACGGAUCGUCUGUUCCAAAUAAAGUACAGCGGAACAAAAGCACUGAAACUGGACCGACAUAGGCUAACUGUUAGCCAAACCUGACCACGUUUAGGCGGUUGGAGUAAUAUUAGCGUGUGUGGAUUUGCUAGCUAGGUUGACGUCGCCGUCAUCUUGAGUUCAAGAAGACACGACAGACACGACGUGAAACUGAUUUUCCACUCCAUCUGCUCUCUGCAAGAUUUGUGCACACUCCAUCAUCUCCUCUGAACAUCAAAACAGACACAAUAACGUCUGGUACUGACACAGCUGUGUUGAUGAGAGGUGAUGAGUCAUGGGUAGCUGGACUUAAUGAAACUGCCAGAAUGUCUUCAAUCAUAGGGCUCCCUACACGAGGAUCAGAUGUAACAGUCCUCAUAACCAAGGUCCACUUGCAUCCCCUUUGCGAGCUUGUGGAGUUUUGGGGAAAUUUUAGCCAGGAGCGAGCCGCAGACUAUGAGUACCUGGCCAAAGAUAUUCAGUCCCCUGGAAACACAUUUAAAGAGUUUGAAGGAAAUCCGGGAGACCAGUGCUUGGUUCAUAUAGAUGGUAUUUGGUACAGAUGCCGCAUAGUCACAAGAAAUGGCUCUAAAUACAGUGUGUUCCUCAUUGACAAAGGGGUGACAUACAGCACCACCGCAAGUAAACUGGCAUGGGGUCAGAAGAAGCACUUCCACCUGCCACCUGAAGUGGAAUUCUGUGUGCUGGCCAAUGUGUUACCACACUUGCCUGAGAACAGAUGGUCUCCAGUGGCUCUCGCAUUUCUGAAAUCACUCUCUGGGAAAUCUGUGAAGGCACAUGUGCAAGAUGUACUGGUGGCACACAGAAUGUUUCUCCUGCACAUCCCUUGCAUUUCCAAACAAAUGUAUGAGAUGGGAUUUGCCAAGAAGCUGUCUUCUGACAUGUUUCAAGACUUUGUUCUUGUGUCACUGCAGUCUCAAAGUGGAGCUGAGGUGUCUCCAGUGACUCGGCAGAUCUCCAUGGGAGCAAGUGAGCGACUGCACAAGCAAGAGCAUUUCAUGUACCCAGAGCUGCCAGCUGGAACUGUAGAGACUGUCAUAGUCACAGAUGUGACAAAUCCCCAACGGAUUUUUUGCCAGUUGAAGGUGUUCUCACAAGAGCUGAAGAAACUCUCAGAGCAAAUCACACAGCUCUGUGAGGGCAGAAUGACUCAUUGCAUUGUAGGCCCAGAAAUGAUUGGGUUUCCAUGUGCUGCAAGAGGAAGUGAUGGUAGGUGGUACCGCUCUAUUCUACAGCAGGUAUUCCCAACCAACAAAGUGGUGGAAGUGUUGAAUGUUGACUAUGGAACAAAACAGUUUGUCCAAGUGGAGAAUGUGAGACCACUAGCUGCAGAGUUCUUCAGGAUGCCUGUUGUGACCUACAUCUGUUCCCUUCAUGGAGUCAUUGACAAAGGAGUUGGAUGGACAACCAGCCAGAUUGACUAUUUUAGGUCCCUUCUUCUGUACAAGACAGUGAUCGCCAAAUUUGAGUACCAAAGUGUCUCCGAGGGUGUUCACUAUGUCACACUCUAUGGGGAUGAAAACACAAACAUUAACAACUUGUUUAGUUCCAAGGAGAGCUGUUCGCUGGGGUGUGAAAAAACACUUGGGGAUUAUGCUAUUCGUAGCACUGCAUAUAGCCUCCAGCAUCCAGCCCUGCAAGAAGGAAAUCAAAGAAAGAUGUUAACUCCUGGACAGGCUAUAAAGGAAAAAGAAGGGAAAGGAAUGCUUAAGUUGCCAUCUGAAGAGCUCCGUCUUAACUCCUCUCACAUGGUGGCAGUUCAGGACAUAGCUGACCCAUCAGAGUUUUGGAUCCAAACACACAACUAUGCAGAUGAGUUGGAUACACUGAUGGAUAGUAUCUACCAUCUUUACAAGAAUCCAAUGAAUAACGAUGUGGUAAGAAAUCCGUCUGUUGGGCUCUACUGUGCUGCCAAGGCAGAAGAUGGUGAUUUCUACAGAGCAACUGUGGCUGAAGUUGGUGAGAAAAAAAUCAAGGUGUUCUUUGUUGAUUAUGGAAACACUGAAUUGGUUGACAGCAGUAACAUCAGGACCCUUCCUGACAAGUUCAAAAAGCUGCCGUGUCUUGCACUGAAAUGCACCCUGGCUGGUAUCAAGCCGAAAGAUGAGAGAUGGAGUCAAAGUGCCUGUGAGUUUUUCAUCAAAGCAGUCAAAGAUAAAACACUAAAUGUACAUGUGACAGCAAAACAUGACGAUGGCUAUGUUGUCAAACUAACUGAUCAUAAAGCCCAGGGAGAAAGAGAUCUUUCUACAUUGAUGUGUAGUGCUGGCCUCGCUGAAAGGGUUGAGAUCCAGAGACAGCCAAAAGCCAAGAUGACCACACAGCCUGCUAUUAUUCCUUCCACACAACUUUCAGAUGCCAGACUUUCAGGUGUAUGGAACAAAGGAAUGUCUUUCCAGGCCCUAAACACAGUUACCCCUGCCAGCAGUGAAAGAAGAAUUCUUACUUUCAAGGAGCACAUGUUUCCCAUUGGAAGUGUGCUUGAUGUCACUGUGUCCUACAUUGAAAGCCCAAAUGACUUCUGGUGCCAACUAGUACAAAAUGCAGGGCACUUGAAAUUGCUCAUGCAAGACAUACAGGCUCGUUAUGCAGACACUGAGUUUCAUUCUCUUGUAGAAACAGCUUGUAUUGCUCGCCACCCUGAUAAUGGAAUGUGGUACAGGGCCCUUUUAAUUCACAAACAUGAAACGCCUCAUGUGGAUGUGUUGUUUGUUGACUAUGGCCAGAUGGAGACUGUCUCCCUCUAUGACCUGAGGAGGAUCUGUCCAGAAUUCCUCACUCUGCAUGGCCAAGCUUUUCGAUGCAGUCUGCUUAACCCUGUUGACCCCACGACUGCCACAAAUGAAUGGAGUGAAGAAGCAAUAGCAAGGUUCCACAGCUUUGUGGAAACUGCUGCAUCCAACUUUGUGAUUUUGAAGUGUACCAUAUAUGCAGUCAUGUACAGUGAACAGAAGAUUGUCUUCAACAUUGUGGAUCUAGAAACUCCUUUUGAGAGUAUCUCUACUAGUAUGGUCAGUCUAGUUAAAAGUGCACCAACCAAGAAAGUUUCUGGGACAUCUUUCCGUCUGGACACAUACUACUACUCAACACACAAUGUCAAAACUGGAACAGAGGAACAAGUCACAGUGACAUGUGUGAACAACGUCAGUCAGUUCUACUGCCAGCUCAAGAGGAACGCUGAUGUGAUAAAAGAUCUCAGGAUCAAAGUGAACAAUCUCUGUCAUCAGCUUGAGAAUGUAAAGCUGCCAACAGUUUUUGGAACUUUGUGUUUUGCAAAGUACACUGAUGGACAUUGGUACAGGGGACAGAUCAAAGCCACAAAGCCAGUGAUCCUGGUUCACUUUGUGGAUUAUGGUGACACUAUUGAGGUAGAAAAAUCUGACCUGCUUCCUGUUCCCAGAGAGGCUAAUGACAUCAUGUCGGUCCCUGUACAAGCAGUUUUGUGUGGCCUCUGUGAUGUCCCUGCCCAUGUUCCCAGUGAGGUGAACAGCUGGUUUGAGACAAGUGCAACAGAAUGUAAAUUUCGUGCACUAGUAGUAGCCCGAGAACCUGAUGGGAAACUGCUGGUGGAGCUGUAUCAUGGAAACACUCAGAUUAAUUCAAAGAUCAAGAAGAUGUUUCAGAUUGAGAUGCACACAGAAGGGCAGGUUGUCUGCCACGGUCGGAGAGCACACGAGGCUUCAGCAAAUCAUGCACAAAAGACUCCAAAAGCAUUCCCACAACAAGCUGCAGAAAUGGAAGGUCACUCUCAACCUGUCAAGAAAAAUGUCUCGGCCCCAAAAUCAGCACAUCAAAUGAGGAAUACCAACAUGAAUCUGCAGUCUGUACUGAUGCCUUUGCACAAUAUUUGUGAAAAUGGUCAGAAGGUUAAAGCUGCUCCAUUACAGCUGUACAGACCUCCACACCAAAGGCAGUCAUCUGGAAGGACACCAAAUAAUACGGAAAAUGGUCCUGAGCCAGCAGGUGCCUAUAUCAGACCAAGAAAAGAGAGUCCUUCUAUCAAGUCCAAAUCACCUGACGCAGAAUCUCAGAAGGAUAGCAAUGCUCAAAAACUCCCUAAACUUGAAGACCUGCCCUCAAAAUCCAUCACACCAGGUAUGGAAGCAGAUGUUUAUGUCUCACACUGCAACAGCCCAUUGAGUUUAUAUGUGCAACUUGUCAGAGAGGAGGAUGAACUGCUCUCCCUUGUAGGAAAACUCAACGAUCCCCAAUCUACCACCCAAACCAUCGACAUCAAAGACGUGCAUCCAGGUGACCUUGUCCAAGCAGAGUUUGCAGAUGAUUCCUCAUGGUACCGAGCAGUUGUAACAGAAAUUCAAGGCAACAUGAUGGUUCUUGUUGAGUUUGUUGAUUUUGGAAAUACGGCAGUGAUGCCAAUUUCCAAGAUAGGCAGACUCCAAAAGCAUUUCUUGCAAUCUCCCAUGUACAGCACACACUGUAUGCUGAGCAGCGCUGCAGCUCUUGGAAAAGAGGAAGUGCUUGAUGCAGAAGUGGUGUCAGCUUUCAAAGAGGACAUCAGUGGUACUGAAGAAAAAGUGCUCAAGUGCCAGUUCAUCAGGCAGUCAGGAUCCCUGUGGGAAGUCAGUCUCGACGACGGUGGUGUAAAAGUCAUGUGUAAAGUACCUACUAGAUGUUCAACUUCUGAAAUCACCUCAGAGAAACUUGAACAAGUUAAGAAGAAACCUGACCAGAACGCUGACAUUAGACAAAUGCCAGAGAAUUCAAAGAAAUCGCUACUGACCUCCUGUUCUCUAUUUUGCCACCAACAAGAGAUUUUAGAGGGACAAAAGUUGGAGGUCUACAUCACAACUACAAAUGAUAAUCUCACGUUUUGGUCUCAGUCUACUGUCUCAGAAGAGCUUGAUAAGAUAACAUCAAGUGUCUCAGAAGUUGGGGGUGCAGCUGAUCACAAAAUUAUUGAUCCAGGCUCUCUCUCCCCUGGCAGCCCAUGUAUAGCUCUUUUUUCAGACGAUCAUCUUUGGUACCGUGCAGAGAUCCUUGACGGAGAAGGAGACGAGCUGUGUGUUUUCUUUGUGGACUAUGGAAACAAGUCCCAGGUUAAUGUUACUGAUGUCAGAGAAAUGCCUACCAACCUGAUGGAAGCUCCUCCACAGGCUUUUUUGUGUGAGCUUGAAGGCUUUGAUGCUUCAGUUGGAUCCUGGGACAGUGGUGCAGUAGAUGAGUUCUCAGCACUUACAACAGACAAAGCACUACAGCUGACUGUCACUAGAGUAACAAGGGAAGAAGGAAAAAUCAGAUACCUUGUGCAGAUGGAAUGUGAGGGCCAGGUCAUAAAUGAGGCACUAAAAACCUGGUGGAAGGGCUCAUUGACAGAAAACAAACCUGCUGCAGUUGGACUGACUACUUUAUAUGAAACACCACUGCAAUGUGACUCCACCGUGAAAGAGACUGCACCAGCCGAGGAUCAAAUAGAGGAUCCUUGUGUCCACCCUCAGAUAGACUACAUUGAAGAGCAGGGCCCGGGCGAACUUGUUGAACCUCAAAGAGCAGAUGAGGUCUAUAAACUAGAAAGCAGUUCACAGCACUAUGAAAGCCCUGAAGAUUGUCUUAUUCCUGAGUCUUUUGCUGAGUCUGCUGAAGAAGAGAGGGAUAAGAUUUUGACUUUCUCCAAUGAAGGGGUGAUCGUAGACCCCGCCAUAAAGGUCUCUCAAACCAAACCCAAAGGCAUUUCACCAUGUGAAAGUGAAGAUGAAACUGUGUUACCUUCACUCAGUAACAUUGGUGACCACGGUAUUUUGACCUUGAGCUGUGACAAGGAUGGGGUGAAAACUGAUGAAGGCACAGAAGAGGAGGGUGCUUCAGUGAUGGACACUAUUGGUCCAGAUGACUUUAAACUUACAUUGGUCGGGAACCCUACAGAGGCCAUAGAUGAGGCAGAGAUCACAAUGACUAGAUUGGAGUCUCUGCUUGGAGAGGUGAAAACCUACCUCAAGGAAAGCAGUUUUGGCAUCAUGAAUGUUUCUGAUCCAAAUGAGCAGAGAGAUGACAUUGAGGUUGUCAUUGCAAGGGAUAAAUCUCCUGGCAGUAUGUCAACAGUGAAAAUGGUUCCCCGUGAAGAUGUACAUCUCAGGGAAAGAAUGGAUCUGGAAACAAUUGAUGAGAUUUCUAAAGACUUAAUUCAGACUGAACUGGUGCCCUCCUCCCAUGUGCUUCCUGUGUUUGAGCAGGAAACUAAAGCUGGAGAUGGUGUCCCAAAGGAACAGAUUCCAUGUGUUGCCACACAUGUCAAGAAUGACUUGAUGGCUGAAGAGGAUACCUUGGCUCAGCAUGAUGUCUUGGUAUCCUCAGCCCCGUUAGCUGAAACUAACACAGCAGCCUGCGAGCCACACACCUGCACAGCACCCUCUCGAGAUUCGGGCGAUGAGGUCAAAGAGGUGACCUGCUCUGAUGAAGAGGCCUGUUUGAUGGAUGUCUGCACAGAUCCACACGAGCCAAAUGAUGACAGCAAAGUCACUAGUGGAGGAGGCGAUUGUCUCAGAAGUGGGACAGAACAGGAAGUGGUCCAGAAUGAAUCACUGUUUUCUUUGAGGGAGCUGCCUCAUGAACAAUUCAUUGCCCUGCCAUCUGACACUGAGCCACAAACCUGCACAGCUCCUUUUCCUGAUUUGAGCAACCUGGUUGAAGAGGUGACCUGUCUUGUCAGAGAGAUCUGUCUGACGGACGUCUGCAGAGACCCACAAAAAGAAGCUGAAACGGAGGACAGAGAGCAGCUGGUGCACACACCUCCUGAACAAGAACAGGAUUUCAGCGAUGGUGAACUUGAAAAAGAAGCGUCUUCUUCUGCUGAUGACAGUUUUGAGGCUCAGCUGUCAAAGAUAAUUCAUCUCUCUCUGAUCAUCAAUGAUGCUUCUGCAGAUACCCGGCAUGUUAAGCAACAGCCAGAGGAGUGACCGCCCUCUAUUUCUUUCAUGUGCCUUUAUCAGACACCACAAAUGGAAAUGUCUCAACUACUUGUGUUUUUAGUUCAUUUGGAUGGGUUGGAGUACAUUUAAUUUCUUAGUUGUGUUUGUUCUGUAAGUCUUCAAUGGCAGUCUUGAUUUCUUGGAUAGACCUGACAGGUCAUCUUUACCUUUUGGCCCGAUGGCUGGUUUCAUAGUUCCUAUUGAAAAAACAACCAGCAGUUUAAAAUAGCCUUUUUACAGCUUAUUAGUAUUCGUUUCCAGUUUCCAGCACCCUUGUGUUACAGACGAUCUGUUCUGAUAAGAUGCCUCCAUAAUUCUUUAGAAAAGUACUGAAUCUUUUGUUGAAUAUAAAAAAAACUGAAUGGUUGUCAGCUGAAACGUGGCAGUUUUCAAGAAAGUUUUCUGUAUUUUGUGUGGAUACAUGCAUGCGUUGAAGAUAUAUUUAUGUUGGCACAAUAAAUAUAAUUACAGAUCUGA